ACGGGCACUGCGCAGGCGUGACAGCCGGCAGGUUUUCCCUUUGCCAACAUGGCGGACGACAGUGAGACAGCAGUGAGGCGGCAGUCAGGAGAAGAGAAUGACCACCAACAUUGUAGUGACUGUGAGAAUGAGGACGAGCACAGUCACAACCGAAGUGGUUUAAGUCCAGCGGAUGACAGUGGAGCUAAAAAGAAGAAAAAGAAACAGAAGCGGAAGAAGGAAAAAGGGGAUCAACUUGACUCAGUCCAGGAUCAAUCAGUAAAGGUGAAUUCAUUGCCAGCAGAAAGGAUGCAUGAGAUUCAAAAGGCCAUUGAACUCUUCUCAGUAGGACAAGGACCUGCCAAAACAAUGGAGGAGGCCACCAAGCGCAGCUAUCAGUUCUGGGACACACAGCCAGUUCCCAAGUUAGGGGAAGUAGUGAACACUCAUGGCCCAGUUGAACCUGACAAGGACAUCAUCCGCCAGGAACCCUACACCUUGCCUCAGGGAUUCAUGUGGGAUGCCCUGGACUUGGGGGAUCGAGGUGUGCUCAAAGAGCUGUACACUCUCCUCAAUGAGAACUAUGUAGAAGAUGAUGACAACAUGUUCCGGUUUGAUUAUUCACCAGAGUUCCUUUUGUGGGCUCUACGUCCCCCAGGCUGGCUUCCCCAGUGGCACUGUGGAGUGAGGGUCAUCUCAAGCAAGAAGCUGGUUGGCUUCAUCAGUGCUAUUCCAGCUACUAUUCACAUAUAUGAUAUGGAGAAAAAGAUGGUUGAGAUAAACUUCCUCUGCGUGCACAAGAAACUGCGUUCCAAGCGAGUGGCUCCUGUCCUGAUCCGGGAGAUCACUCGACGGGUCCACUUGGAGGGAAUUUUCCAAGCUGUGUACACUGCGGGUGUUGUUCUGCCAAAACCUGUUGGGACCUGCAGGUACUGGCAUCGCUCCCUGAAUCCGCGCAAGCUGAUCGAAGUAAAGUUUUCCCACCUGAGCAGGAACAUGACUAUGCAACGCACCAUGAAGCUCUAUCGGCUUCCAGAGACUCCAAAGACUCCAGGUUUGCGGCCAAUGGAGCAUAAAGACAUCCCUGCUGUGCAUAGACUUCUGUCAGAGUAUCUGAGGCAAUUCUUCUUGACCCCCGUCAUGAAUCGGGAAGAAGUAGAGCAUUGGUUUCUGCCCCAGGUCAACAUCAUUGAUACAUUUGUGGUUGAGAACACUGAUGGGGAGGUGACGGACUUUCUGAGUUUUUAUACCUUGCCCUCUACCAUUAUGAACCAUCCAACUCACAAGAGCUUGAAAGCAGCCUACUCCUUCUACAAUGUCCACACCAAGACACCACUGCUUGACCUUAUGAAUGAUGCUCUUAUAUUGGCCAAGAUGAAGGGCUUUGACGUUUUCAAUGCACUGGAUCUCAUGGAGAACAAGACCUUUCUCGAGAAGCUGAAAUUUGGGAUUGGUGAUGGAAAUUUGCAGUAUUAUCUGUAUAAUUGGAAGUGCCCCAGCAUGGGGCCAGAGAAGGUUGGCUUGGUGUUGCAGUAACCAGUACAUCUCUGGAGAAGCGCAGGCAGAGUUGGUGAAGAGCUGGGCCAGGGUGGAACUGCUAAUCCUUACAGUUCAGAUGUCCAUGGAAGUGUGACCCCCUUCUGCGGAGGCACUUGUGCCUGGUGAACUGGCCAUGUGAACUGUUCACUGACACUUGAUUGUAUUGUGUGCCAGUGAGUGCGCCAAAUGGGUUGGCAUCAGCACUUGGCCUCUUCUCCCCCCGCCCUUUAUACAAACACGAUCAAGGGAAUGUAACUGCGGAAAACAAGCUCACAAUUGGCAUAUAUUGGAGUUAACGGGUGAAUAAUAAUAAAAAUUAUAUUAUAUAUUCUAUAUUUUUUAAAUGUUUGCUAUUCACCUGAAUUAGAAAUGGGUUGGGCAAUCAGUCUGCUUAACUUUAUGUCUUAGAAAUAUUGUAUAUAAAAAAAUCAAGUCCUAGAUUGCUUUUCUGUUCCCCAAAGCAGAAGGGAUGGUUGGUGGCAGGAGUGGUGUGUCAUAUUCCAUAAUUUGGGCAUAUCCACUACUUUUUUAAUAUUGCCAAAGACACAUUUGAGCAGCAGUAUGCCUUUUUUGGGAUGUAACUGGCCUCAGCUGAUGAGCUUUUGAAUUUUCUUCCUUGCUCAUGGAGCAAAUGAUGACAUGCUCCAAACCCAUAUUCAAAGAAAUUUAGAAAUCAAAGGGCUAUUUUAGUGACUGCUGGGCUGCAGCAGUGCUGAAUGAUGGGUGGUGUGCUUGAUGAAACCCAUCUCUCCACCCCUGGAGGUGCACUAAUAGAUCUGCAGUGCAAUACUUGAAUUCCUAAACUGACAGCCUGUGCCUUGUGGCUCUUACAAUUCAUACUGGCCAUUCUUUGCUCUGUAGGAGUUUUUGAGAGUCUUGUCCAUGAGAGGGAGUUACCUGAAGGCGUGCAGUGUGUUAAACUACAGCUCCACCCCCUGCCUUUGAACUUCCAUUGUUUUUGCGUUUUCCAGUAAUGGAAUUUGUGCAUCAACCACAUUUCAAAGUUUUCUGUGCUGCGUUAUUUCUUUUCUGCUUGAAUGAACCAACAGUCCAACCUAGGGUCUGGUUGCAUUGUCUGCUCUUAAGAACAACAUUCUGUGCUUCAUCCCAUUGCUAAGAAUCUACUGGUACGAUGAGAAAUGUUGGCUGGCAGUUAUGCCAUCAUAUAUUGUUAUAAACCCAUAGGAGACAAAUCCAUGUAAGCCAGAAUGAAAGUGGCAACUUAUAACAGAUAGGUGUCUUCUGUGAGAAGUGGGAGCUGUUAUAUUGUUGUGGUUAGCAAGGCUGUUGUAUUUCUGAAGUUGAAAAGAGUAGGUCUUUACAUAUGGGGGCUUUGCAUCAGUGGCCUCUCUUAUGGAAGGGUUGUUUCCUUUUUUGCCCAUUAAAACCCAACAGGCAAUAUGGAAUUGA